AUGGCGGAGGGCCUGGCGCCAACCGAGACCAUCUUCGAGCCCCAGACCGAUGAGGGGAACGACCUGGACGAGCGGGUGGUGGCGGCCGUCGACGACCCGGAGGUCGUGGAGACUGACGAGGACACCCCACGCCGGGACAACGUGGCCGAGCGGGUGGAGGUCGAAGGAGGGGGUCGCGCGGAGGACGCCGCCCUGGAUGGAGCGCCGCGGGAGACGCCGGCCAAAGCGCCAGGGUCGACACCGGCCGUGGAGGAGCCGGCGGGAGGUGAGCACGCCGUGGUGAUCAUACCGUCGCAGGCUGCCGUGAACCCGGAGCAAGCGCCGGGGAGCGGCCCCGUCGCCGGGUCGCAGCAGCCCCGGGCCGGAUUCAUGUUUGGGCCGCCUGCCUAG